AAUAACGUUGGGAUAUUUCCAAUGAAGUGGGAGUUGAACAAGAGACACAGAGACCCUCCAAGAAAUGCUGUCUAUCAUUCCUUUGGAUAUCUCGCUAUCCUCUACUCUUACCAGAAUCUCACCUUUCAAUACCAGUUUUAAGAAACCAAUCUCUUUUGCAUCCAAGGUUUCACCUUCCUCUAAUGAGUUCUCUCCUCUUUCUCUCCCCCCCUCAGGAAUUUGCAGGGCUAGUCAAGUUGUUGAUUUGUUCACAACUGUGUCACCCGAAAUUAUUGUCCGUGAGGCAAGGUUAGUGGAUUAUUGGGGAGUGGCUGAGACUCACUGCAAGUGCUUCUUCCCUGAAUAUUCCUUCCCAUCAGAUUUUCUGCUGAGGAUAGACAGAUUGGUGGUGGCUGUGUUAGCGGCUAUGUUAGCCGGAUUCUUUAGGCCAAGAGAUUGCAGAAGAAUAUGUUUGGUGGCUGUUAUUGGAAGCUCACUUGAUGAAUCCUUUUCAUUUGGAACUGAGGGUCUCAAGAUUGGUAGCUUUGAUGGGAAAUUCAGCCUCAACAAGGGUUAUGUGGCUGGUAUUUUAACAGUAGACAAUAAUGCAGACUUUCUACCAAGAAAAGGGCCACGGCGACAUAGAAGGACUGGAAUUGCAUACAUAUCAAAUGUGGCAGUCCGGGAAAAUUUUCGGAGGAAGGGAAUAGCAAAAAAAUUGAUAGAAAAGGCAGAGUCUCAUGCCAGAAGUUGGGACUGUCGUGCAAUUGCAUUGCAUUGUGACUUAAACAAUCCUGUGGCCACAACGUUAUACAAAGGCCAAGGUUACAAAUGUAUCAUGGUUCCAGAAGGAGCAAAGUGGCCUCAGCCAAAGACCUCACCAGAUAUCAGAUUCAACUUCAUGAUGAAACUUCUCAAAAACUCAGCAGCUUCUAAUUAGGCAUUUUGGAGCGAUAUAUUUAUUCUAUAACAGAUAAUCUAAUAUAAAAAUAAAUGAAGUGUUAGGAGGAGACUGUCUACUAUUGGAAUGUGUAUAUAUAGAAACCAAAGCAUUACCUGCAAAAUUAAGUGUAACAUUUUGUAUUGCAUUGUUUCAAAGGUAAGCAUUUUAUAGUUAUUUUCUGUUCUAGACCA